AUGCUGUGGAGAGUUGCAUUGUUGACGUUGGCAGCCCUGCUGCUGACAGCUGGGAAGCCCCGGCACUUUGAUUCACACACCGUGUACCGCGUUUUGCCCACCAAGGAGCUCCACGUACAGUUCCUCAAUGAGUUCGCCGACGAGCACCUCCACGACGUACACGCGUGGCUUAAUUCUCUUCCUGCGUCCUACCCCGGCAUCGUCACGACGGUUCGGGCUGGCUUCAGCUUCGAGCGUCUCGAAAUCCUCGGUGUUAAGAUUUCGUACGGCACCGGCCGCCCCAUAGCUGUCAUCGAGGGAACCAUACACGCGAGGGAGUGGAUCAGCACGGCCAGCGUGACGUGGUUCAUCAACGAGAUCCUCAGCUCGACCGAUGCCAGAGUGAGAAGCAUCAUUGAUCAGUUCGACUUCUACAUCUUCCCUGUCACCAACCCCGAUGGAUACGAGUACUCUUCGACGGCUAAUCGUUCAAUAUCCACAGAGGGGGGAGCCAGCAGCGACCAAUGUCGUGAGGACUACGCUGGACCGAAGGCGUUAUCUGAGUGUGAGACAAAGGCCAUGUCAGAGUUCCUGACCAGCCUGGGCAGCGACCUACAGGUCUACCUGAGUUUCCACAACUACAGGCAGCUCCUCAUCUAUCCCUACGGUUCAUCUCACGAAGUCGCCGACAACGCCGCUGAACUGGGCCAGCCCGCCAUCACUCCACCCAGCUGGGUAAUGUCGCUGCACCCAGUCUGUGUCGGACAUAGCCUUGCAAUCUACGCCUUAAGAAUGAUGCCCCAGCUACCGCCCUCACCUGGCCGCAAACUGCCAACUGUUGCUUGA